AUGCCCGCUAAGGCUGCUGCAAAGGCCCCUGCGCCAAAGACCGAGAAGAAGAGCGCCGCGAAGGCUGCACCCAAGCCGGCCGCUGCUGCUGCCCCUAAGGCCGCCGCUGCCGCGCCCAAGGCCCCCGCAAAGGAGACAAAGCCACGCGUUGCGGCUGGUGGACACAACGGUGUCUACGUGAAGAACUGGGGUCAGGGAUCUGUGAGUGACGCCAAGGAGAUCUUCAGCGCUGCUGGUAAUGUCGUGAGUGCACAGGUGCGCCGUCGCCGCUACGCCAUCGUUUUCUUUGAGAACGCUGCCGCCGUGAAGAAGGCUAUUGACCUCUUCAACGAGAAGGUGGUGAUGGGGAACGUGGUGACUGUUGUGCCUGCCAAGACAAGCCCAAAGCCGGACCCACACGAGAACUCUUCUGUGGUGUUUCUCUCUCCUAUCUUCCGCACAUCUACCACGGAUAAGCAGAUCCGUGAGCUCUUUACUGGCAUGAAGGUGCUGCGCCUGCGCACGUACCGCAAUAACUACGCGUACGUCUACCUUGACUCCCCUGCUGCCGCACAGAAGGUGGUGAAGGAGAGGAACGGUACGGAGUUCCGCGGCAAGAAGCUGCGCGUCUCUCUCUCAACUCGCUCUCUGGAGAAGGAGAAGGCCCGUGCGGAAAGCGCGAAGCUGCUCAUGGCCGCCCAUAACUUUAAGAAGAGCCACUCAAAGUAG